AGAAGCCUCUUGGAUCACGGCGCGUCGGUGAACCAGACCACCCUGACCAACUCCACGCCGCUGCGGGCUGCUUGCUUCGAUGGGCACCUGGAGAUCGUGCGCUACCUCGUCGGGGAGCGCGGGGCUGACCUGGAAGUAGCCAACCGUCACGGACACACUUGUUUGAUGAUUUCUUGCUACAAAGGGCACCGAGAAAUCGCACGUUACUUGUUAGAGAAAGGAGCCGACGUCAACCGCCGGAGCGUGAAGGGGAAUACGGCCCUGCAUGACUGCGCCGAGUCCGGCAGCCUGGAGAUCCUGCAGCUCUUGCUCCGCUCCAAAGCUCGCAUGGAGAAGGAUGGCUAUGGCAUGACUCCUCUGCUAGCUGCCCGUGUCACCGGUCACACCAACAUCGUGGAGUAUCUCAUCCAAGGAGGGCUGCAGCAGGAGGAGGAGGAGGAGGCUGCUGUGGAAGCACUGGAGUUGCUGGGCGCUACGUUCGUGGAUAAGAAACGUGACCUUUUGGGAGCCCACAAGUACUGGCGAAGGGCGAUGGAGCUUCGGUGUGAGGGUGGGCAAUACCUGCCUAAACCUGAGCCCCGGCAGCUGGUGUUGGCCUACGACUAUUCCCGGGAAGUGAGUUCGCUGGAGGAACUGGAAGCCUUGAUUACGGAUCCAGAUGAGAUGCGCAUGCAGGCGCUGCUGAUCCGAGAGCGCAUCUUGGGUCCUUCCCACCCUGACACUUCCUACUACAUCCGUUACCGAGGGGCGGUCUAUGCCGACUCCGGCAACUUCGAACGUUGCAUUAACCUGUGGAAAUACGCUCUAGACAUGCAGCAAGGCAACCUGGAGCCUCUCAGCCCGAUGACUGCCAGCAGUUUCCUUUCCUUUGCUGAGCUUUUCUCUUACGUGCUUCAGGAUCGCUCCAAAGGUACUUUAGCUACGCACUUGGGCUUCUCUGACCUCAUGGGAGUGCUGAGCAAAGGGGUCCGGGAGGUGGAGAGGGCACUCGUGCAUGGCAAGGACCCUGUGGUUGACUCGGCGCAGUUCACCAAGACGCUGGCCAUUAUCCUCCACUUGGUCUUCUUGCUGGAGAAGGUGGAGUGCACCCCGGAGCAGGAGCACCAGAAGCGCCAGACUAUCUACCGCCUGCUAAAAUGCAGCCCCCGGGCCAAGAACGGCUUCACUCCUUUGCAUAUGGCUGUCGACAAAGAUACCACCACAGUGGGACGUUAUCCCGUGGGCAAAUUCCCAUCGCUCCACGUUGUGAACUUGCUUCUGGAGUGUGGGGCUGACCCAGAUAGCCGUGACUAUGACAACAACACCCCGCUGCACAUCGCCGCCCGCAACAACUGCCCGCUGAUCAUGAGUGCCCUGAUGGAGGCUGGAGCCCAUAUGGACGCCACCAAUGCCUUCAAGCAGACUGCUUAUGAGCUGCUGGAUGAGAAGCUGCUCACCAAGAGCAUGAUGCAGCCCUUCAAUUACAUCACCCUCCAGUGCCUUGCUGCUCGCGCCCUGGACAAGCACAAGAUUCCCUACAAGGGUUUCAUCCCUGAGGAGCUGGAAGCUUUCAUUGAACUGCACUAGGGUGGGAGGCCUGAAGUCCCCAGCCUUUCCUGUCACCUCCUUCACCCCGCAGAGGUAGUGCAGCCUGAGGUCCCAGGCCAUCCUUGCCGAGAUGCCGAAGGCCAUCGCUGUGCUGAGAUGGGCUGCGAGCUUUGUCCUCAUCUGUCACCCUCAAGCUGGUGUGCGCAGGGGUUAGGGGAGGCGGAGGCUCGAGAGCUCGUGGCUGUCCCUCAUUGUUGUCAUCUUCAGGUACCAGCUAUCUCCAGUGCACUGUAUCCAGAGAAGGCCACAGCCCCUGUCCUUUCCCAUGCCAGCCGGCUUGUCCUGAGAAAGAAGGAGAAUGGAGAUCCCUGGGACCUGCUGCCUCUCCCAUUAGAGCUGGAUUAACUCAGCGUUUAGCUUUGGAGCAGCUACACAUCACACGUGCUCUAGCCCUUCCCAUCCCAAAUACCGACCAGAUAGGAAUGCAA